CGACCUCCUCCUUUUCCGCAGCAUCCAGUGAUCCGGGUCAACAGCAUCAAUGUAACAGUUUAACUUUAUGGCGUCCCCUCGCCCGAACCAGGGACCCUCUGCACACAUCAACAACAAUCACCCACGAAGCAUCGUUACCCCAUCGCUCCACAAAAGCCGCGGCUCUUUGGGAACCACUACUUCAAGUCUCAGAGCACGUGACGUCACCGACUGAAAGGCUGCUGGCGCGCACCACCGCUACCUAGCUAGCCAUUUCACAUCGGUUACAUUUACUCCAUGUGUAACUCUGUGUUGUUGUCUGUUCACACUGCUAUGCUUUAUCUUGGCCAGGUCGCAGUUGUAAAUGAGAACUUGUUCUCAACUAGCAUACCUGGUUAAAUAAAGGUGAAAUAAAAAAAAUAAUAGAAAAAAUCAAGUUUGCAGACAACACAACAGUAGUAGGCUUGAUUACCAAUGAUGACGAGACAGCCUACAGGGAGGAGGUGAGGGCUCUGGGAGUGUGGUGCCUGGAAAACAACCUCUCACUCAACGUCAACAAAACAAAGGAGAUGAUCGUGGACUUCAGGAAACAGCAGAGGGUGCACCCCCUGUCUACAUCAACGGGACAUCCUGUUAAGCUGUAUCACCGCCUGGUACAGCAACUGCACCGCCCGCAACCGCAAGGCUCUCCAGAGGGUGGUGCGGUCUGCCCAACGCAUUACCGGGGGUAAUCUACCCGCCCUCCAGGACACGUACAGCACCAGAUGUCACAGGAAGGCCAAAAAGAGCAUCAAGGACAUCAACUACCCGAGCCACUGCCUGUUCACCCCACUAUCAUCCAGAAGGCGAGAAAUGAAGAGGCUGUGUCUUUUGUUUUUUUUCUAUGUUGCUGCGACCUUCGCCAGUGCUGAUGAGAUGAAAGCAGCCACAGUGUACUGGGAUGCUACACAUAAGACUGUACAACUGAGAGAAGGAGUGAUAGAAAAAGAGGGGGAUGCAUAUGGAUACCUCAAUGACAGCCUCUCUCAAACGGGCUGGAGUGUACUGGAGAUCCGUGCAGGGUAUGGGGAGACCCUUGAGCAUGAUGAGGUCACCUACUUCCUUGCGGGAUACCUAGAGGGCUUCCUCACUGCACCGCAAAUGAUUAGUCACUACGCCAACAUGUAUCCCCAGCUGAUCAAGGACCCCAAAGUUUUAGGUCCAGUGGAGCGCUUCAUGGUGAAGCAGGACUCAUGGACCAGGGAGCAGGUGAAACUGAACAGGAGCACUGAUCCUCUGUGGCACCACACCGGCUUCAUAGUUGCCCAGAUGGACGGACUUCAGGCGGGGGUCGCACACUGGGCCAAGAAACAAGGGAAAGAGCCUCUGUCCCUGUUUGCUGUCCAGUUCCUGAAUGCGGUGGGAGAUCUGCUGGACCUGAUUCCAGCCCUGGUCCCUGGCACUGAGCCUCCUCUCGGACAUUUCAAAUUACCCGGAAUGGGCCACUGCUCUGCCCUCAUUAAGAUGCUCCCUGGGUUUGAGAACCUGCUGUUUUCCCACUCUAGCUGGUAUACAUACGCUGCCACCAUGCGCAUCUACAAGCACUGGGACUUCCACCUCAGUGAGCCCCACACUGCCACGGGCAAGCUGUCCUUCAGCAGCUACCCAGGCUUCCUGGUGUCUCUGGAUGACUUCUACCUCCUGGGCAGUGGCCUGAUGAUGACCCAGACCACCAACAACAUCUUCAACACGUCCCUCUUCUCCCAGGUCACGCCCCACAGCCUGCUGGCCUGGCAGAGGGUGCGUCUGGCCCACACCCUGUCACACACUGGGGAGCAGUGGGCCAAUACCUUCUCCAGAUACAACUCUGGCACCUAUAACAACCAGUACAUGAUAGUGGACAUGAGAAAAGUGACCCUGGGCCACAGUAUAGAGGAUGGGGCUCUGACAGUGGUGGAGCAGAUUCCUGGCCUGGUAGAGUUCUCUGACCAAACUCGGGCCCUGCGCAGGGGUUACUGGCCAUCGUAUAACGUGCCUUUCCACCCAAAGAUCUACACCCUGAGUGGCUAUGGGAAGAUGUGGGAGGAGUACGGGGAGGACUUCUCCUAUGACCUCUGCCCCCGGGCCAAGAUAUUUCGUCGGGACCAGGCUGAGGUUAAGGACCUGGACUCCCUCAAACACAUCAUGAGAUACAACGACUACAAAAAUGACCCCUACUCCAAGGGUGACCCAUGCAAGUCCAUCUGUUGCCGUAAUGACCUGAGAGAGAAAGACCCCAGCCCAGGAGGAUGCUAUGACACCAAGGUGACUGAUUUCCACAUGGCGCAAGAGUUCAGAGCGGAGGCGGUGAACGGUCCCACGACGCAGGGUGACCUCCCUCCCUUCUCCUGGGAGAACUUCAAUAGUACGGCUCACCAGGGUCUGCCAGACCACUACGACUUCCCCUUCAUCAGCAUGCAGCCUGCACUCUUCAUGCCCUGAGAGAGGUGCCAUAGGGGAGGAGGGAAAAGGUUGGAAGAGUUGCCUAUGGGGUUAGGGUAAUGGAGGAGGGAGGUUAAUGCAGAUAGACUUUAAUACUAUCAUCUUUAUUUACAGUCCAAUAUAGUAAAUCAGCCUCGGGGAGAAAUGCUGCAAUAAUGAUCAAGCUUCAAGGAAUUCUUAUUUUAUCUGUGUUUUGUCUAUAGCCUACCUACUUUUUUUUCUUCAUGCACUCAGUUGACCUAUGUCUUGGACAUUGACUACGAGUUGCUGCUGUACUGCCGUCAUUUAGACAUAUUUUGAAAGAUGCUGAAUCAAUGUAGAAAAUUAUUGAAGCCUGGUUUGUUCGGUGCCAAAUACUAUUUUUUUUUCUUAUUCAGGUCAAUGACCUAAACCUAGAUUAAAAUUCAGUACCCUUUGUAUUAUAAUCAAAUCCUGACCCUGAAACUAAUUACAAUCAUGUUGUCAUAUGUUGAAUUCACUAUAUGAUAAUAUCAAUGCAAUUCUCAGGGCUCUUAAUCUCAUGUUUCAUGUUUGUUGCAUGGCCUGCUGCUACGGUGGGAGUUUCUAUUUUUAUACAUGAGAGAAUAUUUUUGAACUUUGUACUUGUUUGAUGUCUUGGAAAGCUGCACUUCAGAAAUGUAUUUUUUAUGAUCAUUGUUAAUAAAUUUGAACAGUGCCCAUAACUUU